AUGCCCGACGUCAGCAACGUGUCCAGUUUGAAGGUACCAGUUACCGACGAAGUACCAUCCUCCAUCGUCAACCCGAGGACGCCUUCCUCUGCCGGCAGAAGUGAGACCUCGGUCGACACCAUCACCCCAUCUACAUCACCUGAUCUGUCUCCAGGCACUGCGGGCGAAAGCAGCUCCCUCGAGUCCACCUGCCAGUCGACUGUAGAAAUACUUGAAGAGCUCGGCUGCAAGCUGGAAACUUUGGUCUUUGCGGAAGAAACUACACCACCUCGAAUCCAGCCGCCCGUCGAUCCUCGUGCCGGAUCGCUGCUGCGCAAACAAGACUUGCCCAGAUUUGAGUGCGCUUUCGGAUUCUCUGGUGCCAUUGACAAGCCAGCGGACAUCCCUAAGACCAAGGAGGCUUUCACCGCUGCGCUCAGAGACGAGAUUGAAGUCAUUGGAGGGAUCCAGAGAGGCUUGAAAUCCUACCAGGCCGCCAUCAAUUCUGGCAAAUACCACACCUUCAGGACCGAGUUUCUCAUCGAUCAAAAUACCGCCUCUGUCAUCACAGUGCACCAGCUAGAGCAGAUUGCCGCGCAUUUGAAGAAGCUUGAGAAGGAUGUUGAGGAGAUUCAAGACUACAAAGCGGAGGUCAAGGAAGAGCUAAUGGACGCGUUCGGACAGGUACAACCAUGGGUUAUGCGUGCUCGGGCUAUACUUCGCCACUGUCACGUCUUCUACAAGAUUAACUUCGUCUUGGCUAGUGAGCAGAAGGGCAAGCAGCAUUGA